AUGGUUGCUUCGCUGAGCCGUCGCGGCUUCAUCUCGACAAUAUGCCUUCUCCUCGCCGCCACGCUACUGCUGCCCGGUCUCGCCGCCGGCUAUGAACAGCAAAACAUCACCGAAACCCCCAACUACAAACUACUCCCUGGUGUCGCGUCGGUCCCAGCGCCCCUCUCUGUUGCGCCCGCCCAGGACUGGAUGGGAAUUGACGGCGCAUGGAACACGUUCUUCCUGCGCAUAGGCGACCCUGGCCAACCCGUGCGAGUCCUGGUUUCCACCGCCAGCCAGCAGAUCUGGGCUGUCAAUUCCCUCGCUUGCAUCGUCAACGUCACCGAUCCCACCACGGGCAACAUUACCGCAUUCAACGUCCUGAAUCAAGACUGCCAGGAAAGUCGUGGCGCCUUGUACAACACCACUCUUUCCAAGACCUGGCAAGAGAAGGGGUACUACCAACUAUGGAUUGAAAGAAACCUAGGCCUCACAGGCAAUGGCCAGUAUGGCUUUGACUCGGUCGAACUGGGAAUGAGGGGCGAUGCAGGCCCGCCCGUCGCCAAUACAACAAUCGGCACAUUGGUCACAUCAAACUUCUGGCUCGGCCACAUUGGCGUGCAUACGAAACCCACAAACUUUUCUGCCUUUGAAGAUCCUGUUCCAAGUUACAUCAUGGAUCUCUUCCACCAAAAAAGUAUCCCCAGUUUGUCAUUUGGCUACACAGCUGGCGCCCAGUACCGCGAUCAAACCAUUCUUGGGAGCCUUACGCUUGGCGGGUACGAUGCUUCUCGCCUUAUCCCCAAUGACCUCACCUUUAUCUUUGCCCCAGACAACGAGCGUGAGCUGGUUGUCGGUCUGCUUGGUUUGACUGCCAAUACUGCAAGCCAGAAAGACAUUGAUCUCUUAAGGGGCGACAACGUCACCCUGUUCAUUGACUCGACUGUCGCAGAGCUCUACCUCCCUGUUGAGAUUUGCAAAGCCUUUGAAGAUACGUUUGGACUGCGCUAUAACGAGACCACCGAUCUCUAUCUCGUGGAUGAUGCUCUUCACCAAACCCUCUUGUCACAAAACCCUAGCGUGACCUUCACCCUUGGACAACAGUUUAGCAGCCGUGCGACUGUGCAAAUUACCCUGCCUUAUGCCGCCUUCGACCUAGAGGCAUCCGCACCCUAUAGGGGACUGCAAGAAAAGACAAAAUACUUUCCUAUUCGACGAGCCAAUGUGUCGGACAACUGGGUACUGGGGAGAACUUUUUUGCAAGAGGCGUACUUGACGGUGGACUGGGAGCGCCAGAAUUUCACGGUAUCCGCUGUCGACUGGACUUUUGGAAAGGCACCACAGAUACUCCCAAUUGUCUCACCUGCCUACUCGGUUGUUCGGUCCAAGACCUCUCCAAGCAAGCCCCUGUCCCCAACCGCAGUCAUUGGCCUUGCAGUAGGAGGAGGGUUUUUCUUUGCCUUGAUCAUGUGCGCCGUUGGGUUGUGGUUUUGGCGUCGACGCAAUCAACGAAGACUGAAGGCGAUUGAGGCGAAAUAUCAAGCCCAAGUUGCAGAAGCUGCCAAGAAUGUAGAGGGACCUUCGGCUUUAGCAACACGUAGCAGCACAGAGGGAAGGACGGCUAUUUCAAUGGCCGAAUUAUCCAGUGAUACCCCUGAUAAUAAUCAUCAAACUGGUUCGAACACGCAAGAGAAGGGCCUGAUGAUGGUUAGUGAAGCCGAUGGCGCAGAAAGACAAAUCUACGAGAUGCCUGGCGACAUACCGGUCCGCCAGGAAGCCGACGGGCGCCAGCUAUCAGAGAAAGAGUCCAUGGUAAUACGCGAAAGGAUAUAUAACGGAGUGGAUCCGAGUGGAGCACCAGAUGUGGCGCAGGAACCUCGACAGAGACUUGCACCCAUCUCUCCUUCCGAGGUUUCCAUGGUGAGCAGUCAGCUCCCACCCGGGAACGUGUCGCCCACUACCCCGCGAACGCCACGCGACGGUGCUCUCUUGGAGACUCCGAAUCCAUUUCUGCAUCCGCCGCCAUACCGCCCACGCGACGGCAGGCGCACGGGGACAGAUGAGGCACCCAUCUCGCCGUUGGAAGAUUCAACGGAGGCGUCCCGGCGGCGGUUUUCUUACGAAUCAUGA